UAUUGAUGCACUCCUAAAACAACAUAAGCGAGAUUACAGAAACGGUCUAACUUGUUUAGCCAUUUUUGUGUCUUAUAUUUCAUCCUUUGUGGGGGUUUUUAACUUAUGGAUAUUUUUCCUUUUAUAUUUGAUAAAUAAAUAUCCCGACCGUGUCUCUGCUUUAGCCGUUAGGUGGCAAAAUGCUAGCAAACUAGCCCCGGUUGCUAGUGCUAACCUGCCUAACGCCGCUAAUUUGAGUUUUAAUUUUAACUUAAGCUUGGAGAAUUUCAGGUAGUUUUACAGUAAACUGUGUUUGGGAAAUAUUGUAAAACAGUUUCAUUGCGGAUCUCAUUCAGAGGUGAGCAGCAAUGCCUACAGUGAUUUUAAUGGACGUGUCCCUGUCCAUGACACGACCAGUGUCCGUGGAUGGCAGCGAGGAGUUCCAGAGGAAGAACCUGGCAGUUCACGGACUUAACAUGCUGUUUGAACACAUGGCUUCUAACUAUCGCCUGGAGUUCACAGCGCUGAUGGCUUUCUCUUCCCUUUGGGAGCUGCUGGUGCCUUUCACCAGGGAUUACAAUGCAUUACAGGAGGCACUCAGUAACUUGGAAGACUAUGAUAAAACAUGUCUUGAGUUGGCUCUUCAAGGAGUCAGUAGCGUUGUUCAGCAGGAAUGGGGCAGUGCAGGUCCCUGUCAGGUGGUACUGGUUACAGACGGAUCUCUUGGCAUUGGGAAGGGUUCCCUUCGCCACUCUCUUCAGACUCUGAAACAUCGGGUUGAGGACAAAAAGUUUCCCCUCCCUUUUCCUUUUCCCACCAAAAUGUUCAUCAUGUGUAUUGCCAAUGCAGAGGAGCUGCAAAUGACUGAUGCCCUGGAAAACCUAGAGGAGCUCCUUCGUAUCAGCGGAGGGGAUGGACAGAUCUUCACUGUGGAUGGACCGCUUUGCAUGAAGAGUGUACAAGCAAUGUUUGGAAUGCUAAUUGACCGGGCCUACUCACCUUUCCAUGCAGUUCUGCACUGUGGGAAUCUGUCUUCAAACGUUCAGGUGUUCCCUCGACCUGAACCUGUCGUGGUGGACGACGAGGUGGAGCCUAUUCCCAGAGCUGUCAGCACAGAUUUGGAAAUAGUGGGCUUCAUUGAAAUUGCUGAUAUCUCCAGCCCUCCUGUAAUAUCCAGACACUUGGUCCUUCCUAUUCCUGUAAACAAAGAAGUGGAUGAUGUUGGCGCAGGAGCUACUGAUGAGCUUGAAGAGGAACCUUCGGCUAGCCAAAUGGCUGGAAAAAGCCCAAAUUUCUGUGUUCUUUUACAUGGAAGUCUGAAGGUGGAGGGGAUGGUGGCUCUGGUCCAGCUGGGGCCGGAGUGGUUUGGCAUGUUGUACUCUCAAGCAGACAGCAAAAAGAAGUCCAACCUGAUGAUGUCUUUGUUUGAGCCCGGUCCAAAUCCUCUACCUUGGCUGGGCAAGAUCACACAUUUGGGACCAGUUUCAGAGGCUGCUGAAAAUCCCUACGGCGAGGAUGACAGUAAAAGUCCUUUCCCUGUGCAGCCACAGGUCAAACGAAGCUACGCUCAGAACGUCACAGUGUGGAUUAAAGCCAGCGGACUACAGACUGAUGUUCAGAAGAUCUUGAGGAAUGCAAGGAAACUACCGGACAAAACUCAGACAUUCUAUAAGGAGCUGAAUCGCCUGCGGAAAGCAGCCUUGGCGUUUGGUUUUUGGGAGCUCCUGAAAGGCGUGGCUGAGCUGCUGGAGAGGGAGUGUACAAUGCUGCCCGACUCAGCCCAUCCUGAUGCUGCUUUCCAGCUCUCUCAUGCUGCACACCAGCUCAAACUAGCCAGUUCUGGGGACUCCCAGUAUGCUGCUUUUGAUCACAACAUUGUCCCCAUGCACACAGACUUCUCCAGCUGAGCCAUAAACUGAUUCUCAGCUUGAACUGCCAGCAGAUUUGGAACAUUUCUGAAUUGUUUACUGGAACAUCAUUUUGAGAAAUAAGUCAAAAGAACAUUGAAAAUGUUAAUUGUAAAUAUUCAUUUUUUUUUUUUUAACAGGUUUCUUAAACGGAUAUAUUUCCAAGAUUGAGCAGUAACUAAAUUUGUUUUUUUAUUUGGUCUCAUAAGUUAUCAAAAUGACAAUUAAAGAGACAUUUAGAACAAGAAAUUAGUAGAAUAAUAAAGAUACAUACUGGGUCAAAGCUUAGUUAAAAUAAAGGACAACUUUUUUCAGAUCUUUAUCAGAAGGAAACAAUAAAUAAAACCAUGCAUUAGAGGUUGAUAUUCUUCAUUUAAGCCAAAAUCAUUGUAAACCAGCUGUUAGCACUAAGGUCUUUCAGAAGUUGUUGCUCAGAAGUCAUGUAGAAAGAGACAUUAAAAAAAAAACAGAUGGGUUAGAAAGAAAUGUCAACUGUUUCGAUCUCUGUGGUUUAACAGUAAUCUGAAAAUCUAGUUUAUGAGAACUACUGCUAAAUGUGACCAUGUGGUGAUAAAAGAUAACACAAUCUGGGGAAAGGUUAUGUAAAAAGAUAGAGGAAGUCUGAGGAGAGCAAAGGUAUGUGAAGUAGAAAACAACUAUUAAGGGAAAAACAUUUGGAACCGGAGCAGAGGCGUAGCUGAUGGUCUUAAAAAAAAAAAAAAAAAA